GGCAGUCGCACGACGAGAGCCGCAGAGCGCACUUGUGCAUCGUCUCCUUCUCUCACCCACACUCUGACACACGAACACACACGAGCGCACGUCGAUAUACGCACACCGAGAUAGCGAGUCGCGUAACCGUACGGAGGAGUACAAGUGCGGAGGAGAGUGCGCGCGAGUGGAGCAGCUCUUUGGCAGAAGGGCGAUGCGCGGCUGCUAGAUACGGAGCCAGCAGCAUCGCCGAGAGCGCAGACUGCGAGUCGUUGGUGUCGGCGGCGGAGGAAUUGUCUUAUCGCGCGCGAGUGUAAGGGCAUAAUGUCGCUGCUCGCGUUGCUGAGCGUCGGCCUGCUGCUGCUCACAGCGGUGAGGGCCGACAGCGAGCAUACAGUGCCGCGGCUGGACCUGGAGAGCCUGGAGAGCGGCUACCACGGCCUGGUGAAGGAGAACGAGUCGCUGGUGGAGGUGACGCCGCAGAUCCGCGUGCUGGGCGGCGUAAAGGUCUGCAUGUUCCGCAUCUCCAACAAGCACCACGGCGAGGCGCCCUUCCAGAUCGUCCUCAAGGAGGGCAGCAACCUGGCCGAGCUGCGCGCCACCCACGUGCUCAACUGCGAGAAGCGGCGCAAUUACAAGUUCGACGUGUCGGCCGUCGCCUGCAACGGCGCCCAAUCUGACAACGCGACGGUGCACAUCACCGUGGUGGACGUGAACGAGUACGCGCCGCAGUUCCUGCAGCCGGCGUACGUGUCGACGGUGGACGAGGGCAGGCUGUACGAGGAGAUCGUGCGAGUGGAGGCGUCGGACCGCGACUGCACGCCCAAGUACGGCGACGUGUGCAAGUACGAGAUACUGACGGCCGACCAGCCGUUCGUCAUCGACAACGAGGGCGCCAUCCGCAACACCGAGCCCCUCGACUACGAGCGCUCGCACAACUACAUCCUCAGCGUGGUCGCCUACGACUGUGGCAUGAAGCAGUCUGCGCCUGCCAUGGUCACCAUCAAGGUCAACAGGGUGUGCUCUCCGGGCUGGCGCGGAGUGCCCGAGCGAGUGGACUACGCCGUGGGCGUGGAGGCGCAGCCGCUGCUGCCGUCGGCGCGUCUGGAGCUGUGCGACGCGCCCUGCCAGCUGCACAGCCUGCGCACCAGCCUCAGCCUCGUGACCGACCACAUCGGCAAGGGCUGCGACCGCGACACCUACACGGUGCGCAGCCAGCGCAAGCUGUGCGGCGCCUCCAAGGACAGCGUGGACCUGCUGCCCACUCCGGGCCCCGCGGCGCCCUGGACGGCCGCGCUGUCGCGCGACGAGGGCCGCGAGGCCGACGAGAUCUUCGAGUUCGACGGCGCCAGCUCGGCCGCCAUCGUGCCCGCCGAGGUGCUCGAGCACUCGCUCGCCCAGAAGUUCAGCGUGGGCGUCUGGGUGAAGCACCGGCCCAGGCCUCGCCAGGACCCCCACGUCAAGGAGCACAUCCUCUGCGCCGCCGACGACCACAAGAUGAACCGCCACCACUAUGCGCUAUUCAUCCGCAACUGCCGACUGAUCUUGCUGCUGCGGCGUGAUUUCACCGAGGGUGACCCCGACAUGUUUCGGCCGGCCGAGUGGCGCUGGAAGUUGACGCAGGUGUGCGACGACCGCUGGCACCACUACGCCAUCCAGGUCAACUUCCCGCGCGUCUCGCUGUUCGUCGACGGCGAGGAGUGGCACGCCGACAAGAUGAACCCCGAGAUCAUCGACGACUGGCCGCUGCACCCGGCCAAGGGCAUCAACACCACGCUGGUGGUGGGCGCCUGCUGGCAGGGCUCGGACAACAAGACCAAGCACCACUUCCGGGGCUACCUGGCCGGCCUCUCGGUACUCGUUGGUAGAAACGAGAAGCCCGAUGUGCUCAGCUGUCUGCGCCACUGUCAGGAGGGCAUCCACGUGCCGUCGAUGGAGCUGCUGCAGCCGGGCACCCAGCUGCUGACCAACUCCGAUCUGACCGAGCUGCGCAUCGACGGCGACAACAAGACCAACGUGGAGACGCUGCUGCGCCGCAUCGGCUACACCAACUCGCGUCGCUUCCCCACCCCGGGCCGCCGCAACUUCCGCCUCGACACCACCGUCAUCUGCGAGGGCCGAGAGGAUCGGCCGCUCAGCGUGCCCUCGGUGCAGUCCUACGUGUUCGUGCUGCCGCCGCCCCGCCCCGGCAUCAGCGUCAACGGCACGGGCUACGUGGCGCGCGAGUACGGCGACUUCCGCGCGGGCGUGCGCGUCUUCCCGGACGCGCGCGUGACGGCCGGCAGCGCUACGCGCCUCGACGCCUGCGCCGUCAGCGUCUACCCCAGCCUGAACCCCGACCACGAGAGCCUCAGUCUGCCCGGCGACACACUGCGCCGCUUCCACCUGAUCAGCGCGCGGGUCGACCGCGACGGCGUGGUCCUCAGCGGCGCCGACACGCCCCACAACUACCAGCAGAUCAUCCACUUCAUCACCUACACCAAUCGCAAGCCAGCCUACUAUCUCGACCGCGUCUUCAAGCUCACCUGCUCCGAGCUCAGCGGUAGAUUCGCGAGCAACGAAUACGUGCAGACGCUGGCGGUGAUCCACCCGAAGGAGAAGAGCACGACGGAGCUGCCUCGCUCGACCAGCGCCCACAUGGCCAACGACAUCCCGAUGGCGAGGAUCGUAGAGCCGCAGCCAGGGCACUCGCAACUGUCGCCCCACCACGCCGAGCUCACCGAGGAGUACGCGACGACUCAGCUGCGCGACGGCCGCGCCGCCGCCGCCGCCGGCAGUCACGCCGUCACCAUCGUGGCCGCCUGCUGCAUCGGCUUCCUCCUGCUCAUGGUCGUCGUAGGAGCGGCUCGCGUCCGAGGCGCCAAUAAGCGGCGACGCUCGGCCGGCGAGGAGCUGGCGGCUGAGACCGAGAUGGCGUGGGACGACUCGGCCUUGGCCAUCACGGUCAACCCGAUGGACAGGCUAAACGAGCAGGAGACGGUGGCGGGCCGGCGCGACGACGAGCUCGACGACUCGGCGAGCAGCGACUCGGAGGACGGCAGCUUCAGGGACGACGACAUCGACACCAGUGACUGCGAGAACGAGUGCGACGUCAGCAGCGGGCGCAGACUCGGGCGUAGCCAUAGCCCCGACUACGAGUGGGAUCAUCCCAACGUUUAAGCGCCCACCCCGCCGCCUCCGCUCCCCAGCCGCCACACCAAGCACCGAACAAGGAACAAGGCAUCAUGAAGCUUCUCCACGCAAAUUCAUCCACUUUAAGAUCAGCAAAGGCAGCUAGACGGAGUUGAAGCGUCAGCAGCAGCAGCAGCAGCAGCAGCAGCAGCAGCAACUGUAGCGGCCUUGUCUCGAAUAUUUCAAGGGCUCGUAAAAGUAAAGUUGGCAGAAAUCGGCAAACUUUUGAAUUUGGCUCCAGAGACUUCAUAUCCUUCCUAUAUAGGACACCUCCAAAAAGCGCUCGGUCUUUUAGAGUCAAGCACGUAGUAGGUGAAAUGUGUGUUCUUGCAGGUAGGUUGAAGUGUCACAUUAUAUCCGUCCCCUUUAGAUUGAGUUUCUAGUACCAGGGCAUCAGCGAAUCGGCGGUGUGCUGCUUAAAAGUAAAAAAAAAAGAGACAGAGCGAAAGAAAGAAUGAGAGAAUGAAGAAAAGUAAGACAGAGAAAAUUAAGAACGACUUAAGUCUGUAAGAGUGCGGGACGCUUUAUCUAAUAAUUGAGAAAAAAAAAACUCUUUCUACAUACGGUAACGUUCUUAACAACAGUGGUUGUCGAGGUAUGCGGAUGUACUAUUCUUCGAUUCUAUUUUCACACACAUAUACACAAAAGCACACGCAUUCAGUAAUAAAUAAAAAGAAGGGAAAACCUAUUUAGACGCAGUCGGGACAAUUUGUACGAACGAUUCCGAUGGUCCCGACGGCGAUGACAAAAUUUUUCGAUGUUGGAAUAUGCUUGCAAAGCUCAAUAUAAAAAUGGAAUGCAGUCGAGUAGAUUGAGACUAGAUAUUUAAUAAUAAACGCAUGAAAAAAAGUAAAAAAAAACAAAGUCAUAAAAUAUAUAUAUCAGUCGUUUGGUUCAUCACACAUUUGUAUGACAAAAGAAUACAUUUUUUGAGUAUUGUUGGUAAGAUACUUAAGACUUUUAAAUGCACAACAUGACUUUUACUAAAAUGAAUACCAAAAACAAUCGCGACUCUCACCUACUGUCAGCCUUGUGUUGAAACAAUGCUUUAAUUAACCUCAAGAAUAUUAUUAUAUAGUAGAAUAGCAGAGAUUGAUUUUAAGACGCUUUCAUUAUCUUUCAAAAUGCUCACAUAUUAUAUAUAUAUGUAUAUAUAUGUAUGUAUUUGAAAUUUCUCAAAUAUCAUGGAGUAUCCUUCUUCGUAAACCCAUCAUAGAGAUAAAUCGAUGCCACGUGAUCCGGUGGUUUUUGCGCAUUGCUUCCAGGUCAUCAUUAGAUCCGAAUAAAAAAGUGUUUGUUCCAGCAGUAACUAUGGUAGUUCCUGUUUCAAAAAGUUUUUCCAGAAUUUUCAAGUGCUGUCCAAUAAUUAAAAAAUAAAUUCAUACUUUCAUCGGAUCGAAGGAAAAAAUUUGUGGUCUUGAAACAAUCCACAAAAAUCUCCAAAUGAUAUGUGGCGUCGAUCUAUUUCUAUGAUAAAUUUGUAAAGAAGGAUACUACGUGAUAUUUCGGCAAUCCUAAAUAUACAUAUACAUAUAUAUAUACACACAUAUACAUACAUAUAUAUAUAUAUAUAUAUAAAGAAAAAAUAUCGCUACUGGUACUAAUGGUAUCUGAGAAAGAGACGCUGUUGGAAACAUUUAAUUAAUACUAUUGAGUACGUAGGCUUCAAAUAUAAUAAAUAAAUGACAAAUCUCUCAAGUAAUGUUAUAUAGCAGCGUACUAUUAUACAGAGAUAAGCUUUUACGUUUUUGCAUUUUGUCGCCUCCGGACAUCGUCGGAUUUGUACUCUAUGAUCUCUAAGCUUUCUUUUGUUAAAGGUAAAAAUCAAGUGGAAAAAAUAGUAAAAAAAAUAAUUAAAAAAAAUCACGAGUUGUGUAAUUGAGAGGAGAGGACAGGAAAACAACAGUUGUUUUAAAGCUCGGAAGUGCUUUUCUGCUAUUUCGAGGGAGCGUCGAGCGACGCGAGAUCCGAAAAUAAAUGGUCGUCCCCGUGCCGCUCGACGACGGGUUACACCCCGCCAAUUCUGCAAUAACUUCGAUCUUGCUUCUUCCUGACAUCUUCCAAUUGUCUUUAGAAUUUGGUCAGAGGAGCUAUUACACGUUAAUAUUGUCUCUCUUUUCUUUCUUUCCUCGAGAAAUAUUUUUUUUUGUUUUUCCUUUCAAAUCGUUUCUUUCAUUCAUUUCUUGAACGGGAAGCGGCCAUAUUAGUAUGUGUUAUAUUACGUAUUUCGGUGUAAGCGACAAGGAAUUAAAUUAAUCAUAUCGUGAGAGAAGGAGGCGCAUGUAUUUACGCGCGGCACGGAAGUCGAAUAUACAUUACGUUUACACGCGUUUAUAGGUGUACGUGUAUCCAAGGAGCGCGCGUGUCAAUUAUAUACUUUGCACUCGGCAAAGAGGAUGUGUUUCUUCGUGGUAGUGCAAUCAGUUGUGCAGACUACGUACGUAGGGCCUGGGACUAAUUGUAAUUCGUUGUUAUUUUUUUACAUGCGUGUUUUGAUCCUGCCUCUUUGCUUCCCUCUUCGCCCCAUCUCCCGCCCCUGCUCAUCGAGAUAUCACACCCGAAAACCCGGUUUUUUGAUAAUCACUACGUUUAGCGGGGUUUCGCAAAGCUCUAUCCCGCUUGCCGUGGGAAUCUAAAGAACAAAUAACGGGGGAAAAGUGAAAAAGGUGAAAAAAAAAACGUAAUGUAACGAAACGUGUGUAUUUAUCAGGCAGUAUUUGAUGUACGGACUUUGCUGCGCGAUCGGUGUCCGAUGAUCGCGCGGCGAGAUUCUCGCGAGAUUCGACGAAUAGAGUACGCAUCGGUACGCACGUAAUGAUGCAUCUCCCAUGUGGACGAGGAACAAAAUAAAAUAAAAUAAAAUAAAAGCACGAAUAUACACAAGUACUGCCGAGUCCUAAUUCACGUGUAUGUAUAUGUAUUUUUAGGGAGAAGUUUAAAAGAAAAAAAAAAGAGAUAGAAAUAUCGAUCAAAUACUUAGGAACUGAAUAUUUGAAUAUGUAUUUCGUAUAGGGACUAUAACGACAAUUUAUUUUUGAACGUGCAUAUCAUAUCAUUUUUAUAAAAAAGAAAAAAAAAUUGGAUAAGGACCCAAGCGCGAGAGCUUGGCGGCGCGCGUGAACGAACGGUGAAAGAGACUAAAGACGAAGCGCGAAUUUUGCACGAGAGAUUAACGAUUAAGGAUCGAGCGAACGGCCCUGUGUAACACACCCCUCGCCCCGUGCGCGAUUGAUCGCCGCCGCCGAGAACUGGCAGCGCGCGACGACGCGGAGCGCGCGAACGCGUUCGCCAUUUUACCGCGUUGUUGCUUCUUCGCCUCCCGCGUCUUCUUCGUUGUUUUCGGCGCGCCUGCCGCGCUGCACGACCGCGACGACGGCGCGAGUCAGUUCCGAGCAGCGUUUUCGGCCCCGGCUCUUUUCGCCUCCGCCCGCGGUGUGUCUGCCUGUGUUCUUUUUCCUUUAAAGAGCUUACGCGCACGAAAACGUACGCCUCCCCCCCCCCCCCCCACUAUCGUGGACUUGCAUAGUUGUCUUGCCUGCAUACCCGGCCACUUUUCACGCGUGUAAGCUUUUUUUUAAUUAAUCGCCGCACUCACGCUGCAUCGAGCGAAGAGGAUACACCAUGCCCCCCUUCCGCCCGACAUUUCGUACGAGAACGCUGCUUCUCUCUCUUCUUUCUUACCGCAUCUCUCGAUCAGCUCCACUUUUAUUUCGCCUCGAGAGCGCGACUCCGUACUUAAUUAACUUUAUUAAUGAAAAGCCACGCAAAUCCGCGAGAGAACAAAGCAACGUAUAUAAAAAGUAUAUGUAUAUUAUAUAUAGGCGCAUAAUGAAUAAAAAAUAAAUAAAUAAAUAAAGAGCGAAAGCGAAGGAACUUCUGUGCGCGUGGAGAAGGAAACGGAACGAGACUCUCUCCAUCCUCUCUGUCUCUGUCUCUCUCUCUCUCUCUCUCUCUCUCUCUCUCUCUAGAAGGAAGAGGAAAAGCGAGCUCGAUCCAACGACGAGGAGGAGCGCCCGUCAUUAGGCAGCGACAAAGGACAGAAAACCGGAAUGCAUUUUUGAACGAUCGCUGGCAGUUCUCCUCGCACUCCUCGAUGUGCCGCGACGCGCUGCCCCGAUUUCGCCAUGGGUGCACUGCGGACACGAGGCCGCCGCUUACGCGCGAAAAGCCAGGAUCGAUUUGGUAACACGCCGCGUCGUUGAUUUCGUUGCCGUGAGCAGCUGAACGCCACUUAUCGUUACUCCCGAUUCCCGUGCACACGGGUGAGUUGGAUCGUAUCGAGCGCGGAAAUUCGUUCCCUCGGUUGGACACGCAAACGAUAAGGUACAUGCAUGCACUACGCGCGCGCGCGUCCCCGUUUGUAUGGAUAUGUUUUAUGCAUAUUAAACGCGAACAAAGUGAAAGACGGAGCGAGGUAACAAUAGGAAAAAAGAAGAGAGAGAGAGAGAGAGAGAGAGAGAGAGAGAGAGAGAGAGAGAGAGAGAUGAGUCAGGCGUAGGUGUCGCGGAGCAGACUCGGCCAGGAGAGAAAGAAAGGAAGCCGGCUCCUUCGUCGGUGGGGCCGCAAUGCUGGCGCGUGAUAAUGGGGCUGCGGAGAUUAGGGCUCGUCUAAAAGCUGCAACAGCGGCGCUCUCCCUCUCUCUCUUUCUCUCUCUCUCUCUCCCUUCCGCUCACCGUGGCUAUAAAUACGCCGUGCGCGCGCGUGAAUUUUGCUUCGGUCACGCCGCGCUCAUUUCGCGUUCGAAUGCGCGCGCGAUAGAGACAGAUGACACAGCUGUACGUAGCGUAGUUGAAAUGGAUUCCCUCCCAGUAUCGUUUUGGACAUUUUGUGUGUUAACUAAUAAAGAUAAUCUUAAAGCUAACAUUAACAGUUAAGAUGCAAGCAAAUUUUAUCAUUGGUAUGAAUAUAUAUAACGACAUCGUUAUCAGCAGCAAGAAUAAUAAUAAAGUAAAACGAAUACAAGGUACAACUUUGUACGCUUAUUAUUGUAUUAUUAUACCUUUGGAAACUCACACCAAGGCGAAAUGUUAGACGGGGUGAGAGAGAUAGAGAGAGAGAGAGAGAGAGAGAGAGAGAGAGAGAGAGAGAGUGCAGCGCUCUUCUCGCGCUCAAAAAGAGACGAAUGUGACGGCGAUCUUACACAACGCGCGUUUGUUUAUUCUUUUUGUUUCGUGGCGCACACAGCAUUAUGCACAGCCAACGCAACCCUAUACGCAUCAUUACGUCAAAUUAUAUUAAUCCCUGUUGAGGGGACGAGCAAAACAGUUGUAUCGAUCGGAAAAAAAUUAAGCUGAGGUUGUUCAUUGAGAUUUGUUUUAGUAAUAGCGAUGCGAGACCAGAGAUAUCCACACAUGCGCGUACACACAUUGCACAUGCUAGGAAUAUUAAAAGAAUACUAUCUUAAUGACAUAUUAUAAAUAAUAACUAAGACGUCAAGUGUAUUUGUUUAAUAAAGGUGUACAUU